UUUCCUGCUCACUUUACAUCCUCCGAUUGAGCCUCGAUCCCGCAGGAUCUCUGCCAGUGACUCACCUCCCACACCUAAAAAUGGCACCCAUCCGAAGAAAACCAACGAGGGAAAAAAAAAGAAUAAAUGAAAAAUAAAAAACAUGCAACUACUCGUCCGCUGAGGGCAGGCUUUGGCUUGAAAUUACAGCUUUUCGCCACCCUCACCUGCCGUUCUUUCCCCUACUUGCCUCCCUCUCUCCGCCCAUUUAAUUACCUUGUUCAAAAGCCUGCACCACCGAUCUCUCUGUCUCCUCAUCCAUCUUCGGCUCUUCUCUCCCACCUACUUUUUUUUUCCCUUCCCUCGAACGCUAUAUAUUCACCGGGCAAUACACUCUCUUCUCUCGAUCGUAUACGUACUCUGUCUGGGCCUUUGCCAUGGAGCGCCGUCGCAAGAAGCAGCGCAGGUCGUCCAACGUCUCCGAAGAGGUGAACAGUGCGGAGUGGAAGUUCAUCAGCAUGACCGAGCAGGAGGAAGACCUCAUCUUUAGAAUGUAUCGCCUCGUCGGCGACAGGUGGGAUUUGAUAGCAGGGCGAGUGCCGGGUCGAAAACCUGAAGAAAUCGAGAGGUUCUGGAUCAUGAGGCAUCGUCAAGAAGCCUUUGCCCGUUACGCUAGUCGUGCAAAAUAUGGGUAGCGAACUGGCCGGGAUGUAGAUUCUGUUAGCUCUGAAUUGUUUGAUGGGUGGGUCGGUGUGUUUGUUUGUCGUUUACUUGGGAUUUGAUGAAUAAUUUAAAUCUUGAGCUA